UUUUUGUAAUUGUAGUUCUUGCCAUUGUUGUUGCUGCCUUAGAAUUAAGGAAAUCUUACAAAUUGUUGAUAAUUAAUUUUCUUUUCUAUUAAAAAUAGUUGCUAUUAGUUGUUAAAUUAAGUUAAAAAAAAAAUAAAAUAAUAAAGAUAUAAAUUCUUAAUAAAAAAAAAUUUUUAAAAAACAGACGUCAAAUGAUAGAAUUAGAAACUGAUAUAGUUUCCCUUAAGAAAGAACUAUGCUGUCGUAAUAAUUUAAUCUCAGAAUUGGAAGAUAAAAUUGCCACACUUACUGCUAAAGUCACUUGUUUGGAACACAAGUUGGAAGAAAGUUUAGAUGAACAGCAUCUAUUGAAAACUGAUUUGACAGCAAGAAAAGAAUUAUGCGAUAAAUUGGAUAUAGAAAAGGAUAAAUUAAAUGCAGAAUUAUAUGAAUUAAAUGAUAUAAAGAGAAAGUUGGAAAACGAAAAUGAAAAACUACGUUUGGAAAUUGAUAAAACCGAAAAAGGUAAACAGGUAUCAGCGGAAACCUUAGAAGAGCUAUUAGCUAAAACUCGCCGUGAUUUGGAAGAACAAAUCAAAGUUGAUAGUAAAUUAAGUCAAGAACUAGUGCGUUUAAGACAAACCAAUGAGGAACUACUGAAUGAUUUAGCUCAAGAGAAACAGAAACGUGAACAACAUCAAAUACUCGCUCACGAAUAUCAAGUACAAAAUCAAGAGCUGCGUCACAAUCUUACCGAUGAUCGUUUUCGUCAGGCUCGUUCACGCGAACAAAGUCCACGUUUUCCCACACAAACUUUAUAGUUUCUUUUUUCUUCUCUUUCAUAUUUUCUUAAUUUUAUUAUUAAGAAAACAUUCGUUUUUUUCAAAAUUAUUGUAACAAAAAUAAAACUGUUUAAUCAAUUAAAAAUAAU